AUGGAUUACAAUACAUAAGUGUUAAUAGAACAAUUAUAUCAUGCGGAUUAAAAUAUUCGCAUCAACGCUUUGCUUGAACUCAAAACAAUCUUCAAGGAUAUUCGAAAAAUCGAAUAAGGUUUUGAAUAAUUACUUUUACCUUGGAACGAUUAAAAUCUGAGAUUGCAAUACUUUAUAUUUUUGAAGAGUAACAUUACAGAGAAUUAUGAAUGCUCCCCCAAUUAUAUUCAAAAUUAGAUAUAGAUUAUCAUCUAGAAUUUCAUGAAUGUGGUUGACUCAUAUCUACUUCCAUUUUAUUGCGAUUUACUAAACUUUAUAAUCGAAAUGUCAUUGCCAUCGUUAAGCAUUAUCUAAUCCAUCAUCAACUAAACUACUUAUAGUAGUAUUCACAUCAAAAUUAUUACAGAAAUGAUGAACAAUCGUUUCAUCAAAGUUAAAAUCCUACCUGCAGAUUUCAAAACUAUCACUUAAGUAAUGACUUCCUAUUACGAUUUGGUGGAUAUUCAAAAACUGAAUCUUUUAGCUGAUCUCUAUGUUUCAUUGAUUUAACCAAUUAAUAAAUUUGAUGAAAUUACAAAGAAUACAAUCAAUUAACAAUUUUGUGAAAUCCUGACUUAUCAUUGUCUUGAAUACGAAUUACUGAGAAAGUUUGCUAAAGUCGUUUACAAAUCAAACAAGUAUGGAGUCCCUCCAUUAGACAUUCAAACAAUGCUAUUCGAUAUAUUGAUGUCUACUUAUAUGUAGAAUGAAAACCAAAGAAUCACUGAUAAAUAUCUGGCUUACCAAAUAAUGAAGGUCUUCAAGCAAUUGUUAUCAGAUAGGAAAAUUGAAGACUGGAAAUAAGAAUCUAUCAUUUUUUAUGCGAUGGUCAAUUUGAUUAUGUUAGAUUAUAGAUAAUAUGAAAAUCAAUUCAAUAGAAUCGGAGAAGAUGAUUCAGACGAUUAUCUAUUAAUAAAAGUGAGGUAAUUUGGUGCUGACUUUAUCCAUCACGUGGCUGGCUAUUUCUCAGAGGACAUGAUGUUGAAACAACUCUUUCGUUUGAAAGAUCUAAUCAACGAUGACCAAAAACAUGAAGAAUUCAAUUGCAUUAAACUUGAAGCUCAUUAUUUUGUAAUUUGCGAGAACAUUUCUUCAAUCCCCAUGUAUAUGUUUGAUGAAAAGUUCCUAUCCGAAAUAAUAUAAAUACUGAAAAUCCCAAAUAGUAUUUACAUUCCUUUGAAAAUGUAAAUACUUAACUUGUUGAGAAAGUUGCUAGAGAAAAAUGCAAUAAGUGAAAAAGGUGUUAAUAAGGUGAUCUCAACCCUAAAAGAGUAACUGACCCUAGAUGUAAUUGCUAUCCCCCUAUACAUCUGCAAAAUUGUAAACAAUCUUAUUUAUCUGCACUCUUUGUACCCAGCCAAAUAAUUAAUUACACAUCAAACAUUUGCUGAUCUCAAGGUAUUAUAUCAAAACCAAACUAAACUUAUACACAAAGAAAACAUCUUAAUGACUCUUUGUGAAAUAUUCAGAAUAGAAUAAGGAGAUUCUUCUGUUUUUGGUUUAAUUGAGAGUGAAUGGAAUCUAGCACAGUAAGAGUAACAUUAAUAUAAAUAUCGAGAAAGUAUUCAAAUUUAUUAUUUUAGAAAUGAUAUUGAAUGUAUUUGAAUUCAUUAUCUAAAAUUGGCCCAUUAGUCUUCAAAAUAUCUUAUUUAAUGGCAUACUUAAAAUUGUAAAAGAUUGCUUAAAUACCAAUCACCAUAUCAACCAAAGUUUAUCUGUUCUCUCUCUACUUUUGAAAAAGUAUUUAGAAGCUUAUCCAAUCAAAUAUGACAGGAUUUUAGCAGACUUUUAAUAAAUCUAAAAUUAAUUUGACAUUAUUCUUUAGAAUGAACCAGAUUAGUAUAAUCAGAUAUGUGAGUUGUAUUAUUUAAUGUUGCUGCAUGAUGUUGCAGAUUACAAUUUGACAUUCUAAUUUCUCAUCAAGAACACUAAAUUGUUAUAGAAAAGCCUUUAAUUAACUCUACUUUGUCUGCUUUUUACUAACCUGAAGUAAGGAUAAUAGCAAAAUAGUAUAAUUGAAUUUUAUGCUAAUAUCCUCUAGUCAGCGUAAUAAUUAUAUUAUAUAAUUAAUAGAAUAUAUGAUGAAGGUAGAACUUAUAGCGAAUUAGUUUGUGGAUUAUCAAUCCUUGAUUUAAAUCAAUACGAUAUUAAGGACCUAUUAAUGCAAAUCUAGGCAAAAGUACCUAACAGUAAGAAUAUGCAUUUUGACUUUAGAAAUGAUUUUCACUAUGAUUAGCAACGUUACAAAAUGUAUCCAAUUAAAAAUGCCCAACUAUAUGAAUUAUUUGAUAAACUUCUUUAAGACUAUAUUAACCAAAUAACAUCUUCUAUUUGAUAUGGAAUAUAUUUCAAUAGAAUCCAAUAAUACAUAAAAUAUGAAGCAAUACAUCUCCAAAAUGAAAUCCUAUCUAAUUCCUAAUGCUUUUUCAUUAGAAUCAUAAAUUUUAAGAAUUUUUGAGACAAAAUUCUCUACUAAACUUAAUUUAUGCUAAGAAAUUGCUCUAAAAUGUAAAUCUUAUCCCAACAUUAUUUUAGUGAGAAUUGAUGUCACCAAAUUGCAAAUUUAAACUGAGGAACAAAUCGCUAUGGAGAAUAUUCAUAUUAGUUGA